AGGAGAGCGGGAAGUUCGCGGCGGAUCGUAGCGCUGAGGGAAAGGAAUGGGAACGGAGGAAGUGGAGCGGUUCUGAGGGUCCGAACCGAAGCGGAACGGAACCGAAUCUGAACCCAUGGAGCGGCUGUGCGAACUGCGGGCGAUGCUGAAGGGCUGGGAGGUGGUUUUCGAACGGGAGAACGGCCGGAAACCGGGAAAGGCCGACGUGGCGGCGGCUUCAGAGGACACCAAACGGCUGUACCGGGAGUACCGGCAGCUGAAGCAGCGCUCGGACCUCGCACAGCAGAGCCCUGCGGCACAGCAGGACUGGGGCUGCUGGGGGUCGCACCUCAACCGGCAGCCGAAGCUCCCCGGGAUGCGGCAGCAGCCAGCAGCAGCAGCAGCGUCAGCACAGCUCUACGGGAUGAGGCUGAAGGCCAACCUGGGCACGGCCCUACAGGAGGAGGCGCCGUCGGCGGUGAAGAGGAGCCUGGCCUGCAGGAGGAAAACCGCAGCACCGUGGCGCAGCGCCGCCUCCCCGAGCAACGAUGGCGACGAUGACGAUGAUUCGGCCCCAGGCCUCCCAGGCGCCGUGCGCCGUCUGCGCCCCGUCGUCCUGACUGCAGGAUCGAGGCCUCGACCCCAAGCGGAUCGAUUCCGGAAGCUGAAGGAAAUGGUGGCGCGGAGAUUGGGGUCGCUGGAUCCAGGGUGGCUGCGGCGCUGCCAGGGGGCGGAGGGAUGUGGGGAUGGGAAGAGGGGACAAUGGGACCUGAAAUUGGGGCACCUGGACACAAAGAGGGGACAAGACCUGGAGUGA